CGGAGAGAAAGAGAGAGAGCGAGAAAGAGAUUCUCACACUGGCUGUGUCCUAAUCCGAGUCCAUCUCCAAGAAGCAACAGAGCAGAGUGUUGCUGAAGUGAGUCUGAGAGCCAGGGAGAGCUACAUCAGCUAGCGCGCACACACAACACGCACACACACUCUCUCUCUCUCUGUCUCUCUCCCCCUCUCUUACUCUGUCUCUCUCUUUCAUACACACUCUCUUUUUUUUUGCAAACGGGAGUCCACACGAUGUGUCCGGCUGCACUGCCACAGCUUUUGUGAAAAGUGAGGGGACCGACACUGCCCCCCCAUCCCAUCCUCCCUUUGGCUCACACACACAGUGUUUGUUUGCUGUGUUUAAGCCCGAGGUGCUGCUGGUGGAGUUGGUGGUGGUGGGGAGGGGGCACUGCCAGGGCAGAGCAAGGGGCUCCGGAGUAGAAGAGGCGGAGGAGAGGAAGAGAAAGAGGAGAAGAGGAAGAAGAAGAGAGACAAAGUGGAUCAGAUCAACAGCAGCAGACUGAUCGCUGGAAAUGCCCGUCAGGUCUGAGUCCGUCACACCCUCAGCCAAUCAGAGCCUUCGUUAACGCCGACGUCGGCACGUGAUUGGGAUGGCGACCAUGCCGUUUGUCAGCGAGGGGAAGUGUGUAAGUGUGGAGUGGGAUUUCCUGCAAGGACUACUGGCCAAGCCUCCCACCCUGCCCUGUCUUCAGAACCUGCGUAAAGAGAAGUCUCGCAAUGCGGCUCGGUCGCGGCGGGGGAAGGAGAACUUUGAGUUCUUCGAGCUGGCCAAGAUGCUGCCUCUGCCUGGCGCCAUCACCAGCCAGUUGGACAAGGCCUCGGUGAUACGGCUGACCAUCAGCUACCUGCACAUGCGCACCUUUGCCAGCCAGGGAGACCCGCCCUGGAGCCCACUGAUGGAGGGAGACAGCAACUGCAAAGUAAGACGAUCAUCUCAUUCUCUGGCGACUGACAUGUUUGAGCAGCACCUUGGGGCGCACCUCCUGCAGUCUCUGGAUGGCUUUGUGUUCGUCGUCAGCCAUGAGGGACGCUUCCUCUACAUCUCAGAGACGGUUUCUAUCUACCUGGGACUCUCACAGGUGGAGUUGACCGGCAGCAGUGUGUUUGACUACAUCCACCCAGCGGACCAUGUGGAGAUGGCCGAGCGGCUGGGGAUCAAGCCUCACCUGAGGGCGGAGGCCGGCUGUCAUAGCCCCGAGAGUGCUUCCAGCUCUGCAUCCACCUCCUCCUUGGCUGGUACACCUGAACCUGCUCCAUCUAGUCCUCAUUCUACUGCUGACGAGUCUCCCGACCGUGGCUACUUCAUCCGCAUGAAGUCCACACUCACAAAAAGAGGCCUGCACGUCAAGUCCUCCGGAUACAAGGUAAUCCAUGUGACAGGACGAAUCCGCUGCCGCCCUGCACUCGUGCCAGGCUCCACGCGCUCAGUGCGUCGACCGAUGGGUUUGGUCGCACUGGCACACACACUCCCGCCCUCCACGCUUAAUGAAGUGCGCAUGGAGAGCCAGAUGUUUGUCUUCAGAGUGAACAUGGACCUACAGGUCACAUAUUGUGAGAACAGGAUCUCAGAGUAUAUGGAUCUGACCCCAGCAGAGGUGGUGGGACAUACCUGUUAUCACUUCAUCCACGUAGAGGACCUGGAAAACCUCCGGCAGAGUCAUGAGGACUUGCUGCGUAAAGGCCAGGUGGUGACGGGUUACUACCGCUGGCUCCAGAGGAGAGGAGGCUAUCUGUGGAUCCAGUCCUCUGCCACCGUGUCCAUCAACCACAAAGCCCCCCACGAACGCAACGUCAUCUGGGUCAACUACAUCCUGAGUCGAACAGAGUUGCCUGACACACCCUUGGAUCUACUGCAGCUACCGGAGAACGUCAGAGCAGAGCGACUUCGAGUGAGCUCGUCCCCCGCCUCCAGCUCUCCACAGGCCCGAGGCUUACAGCCGGUGAAGAGCUCAGCGGGGAAGAGUGACCCCGACACUAAAGGCAGAGAGAAAUUCACAGCCACCUCCAUCCAAUCAGAGGAUAGGAGGAAGCGCCUGCUGAGGUCCCAGCCUGAAGGCGCUCCUCCUGAAACCCGCCGCAGGAUGGAGGAGCUCCGUCACGCAGAGGAGAGCGUGUCAGCAUCCUCUGACCUGGCCAGCGAGAGCGAGGGAGAGGAGGAGGAAGAGACAGAGUGGGAGCAAGGGGGACACAGUGACAGAUUGAAACAGGAAGACAGAGGCGGAGGAGGUAAACAGAGCAGGGGGGGAGGAGGGGGAAACCACCCAACUCCAGGAGUGGAGAGGGGGAGCCGGACACACAACGGCCGGGCUGUGAUCCAGCAGCUGAAGAGCGUAGUGACCCCGUCUCCCCUGCCCGGCAGCCCCGGCAUCAAGACUGAACAUGAAGCCCUGACCACUGGAGGGCGCUGGGGGUCACAUACACAAACCUCCACCUCACACACACACACCAUACAGCCCUCACACACACACACACCCUCCAGCAGCCUCAAUGGGGACAGCCCCACCACCCCGAUCCCUGACUCUUCCUCUAGCAGUGAGGCUCCUCCAAAAGGCCUCUUCACUCCCCCCUCUCCAGCUUUGUCCCCCGCCAUGUCUGUGUCCUCCCCGCUCCCCCGCGACGACAGGGUUAUAUCGGGGGCGAUCAGUCGGAGUAGUGGUGGAGGUAACGGCCCUGACUUUGAGCUGCUGCAGAGACUGGCUGCAGGAGGAGCAGCAGGUCGGGUCCUCUUCCACCCCCUCGCACUUGGCCCUCAGGGCCCCCAGAGCCUCUACGCUCCCAGCACCAUCCGCUACGCUCCGCCUGAGCUGCCCCCCUCCCACCACCACGGCGCAGGACACAGCGACAGCCUGCAGCUACGCUCGGACCACCACAAGGGACCUCCACCUGCCUUUUUCCCCCACCUGCAGCGGUUGGCCGGCCUGCCACCCUUCAGCGGUUUCUCCCCGUCUGACAACCCGUUCUCCUCCGGCCUGCCCUUCUGUAUGAAUGGACUGAGGGGGGCCGCGGGCUCCGAGGACGACUGAGACUCAAAGAGGAAAAGAUAAAAAAAAAAAAAAAAUGAAGGACAGAGCAGAGAGGAGUGACAGACCAGAAAGAGAGACAGUGAAAAGGGCAGCACAGACAGAAGUGGCAGGACAUUAAGCCUCUAAGGACGUUACUAAUUGGACAAUGAGUCGAAUAACUGCAAUCUAAAAUAUGUGACAAGUCUCUGCCACGGGGAAUCACCGUGUCAGUGACUCUUCGAGAAAACGCAACAUGGGAACUUUUGACGUGUGGUCCCUUCAGACUCUCCAUCUUUACAACAAUAAUGAACUCUGCUGUGUCUUUCUUAGAUAACUGUGUUGAUUUCUGUGUCUCUUCCACUCAGAGAAGCCAUAUUGUACAUAGAGACGAAACCAUAAAGACCCUCAGCUCACAUCAUCCUCACUGUCACUCAGAUGAACACAAUUACCCUUAAGCCAGGAGAGAGGGAGAUGGACACUUGACUGUAGGAAUGAAAGGGACUUUGGGAUAUACAUUUUUGGAUAUUGCAGUAUUGUAAAAAAAAAAAUCAUCUCUUCCACAGAAAUGCAGUUGAUGAUAGGGUUUUCCUUAAAAAUAGAUGGAGACAGCCCUCAUGUUUUUUUAUUAUUGAGAUUUAAAAUAAUGAUAAUAAGAAGUAUUCAUCAGUCAGCCAUACUUAAAGCACACUGUUGGGACAAAAUAUGAAUAAAGUAGUCUCAGACAUUCCAUUAUGUAUAAGGGAAGAAAAUGCAAUGCAGACAGGACAGUAUUAUUAUAGUGAGAUCAUUUGUUUCCAUGAAUUUUAAUUACAGUAUAUUCUGUAUGAUGCUGCGGCUGUGUUUGUGUAUGAAAGCCAUAUUCUUGUUUUUUUCAAUUUGUAAUGUUUCUAUUGCUUUUAUUACCAGAUUAUUCAGAUGGAAGAAUGGUGUGAAAAAUUAGUAUAGUCAAACAGAAUAACUUGUUAUUGGAUGUAUAAUGUCAUCCAAAUACCUUUUUGAUAUUAUCCUCUAUAAAGGAUACUUCUGGAAAUGUUUUAAGGAGGGGGGUGUUGGGCAGAGCGUUAAUCAUCAUUGAAGCCUGUGUGUUUUUUUUCUGAGCACUUACUGAAAUUAGUUCUGAUGUGAACUCGAAGCACUAUAUCACUUAGCACGGAUUGUGUGAGCCUGUUAAAACAGAAAACAAUGCAAGAGUGGUCACUGAUAUGAUAGGCUGACCACAGAGAAGAAGAAAGAGGGUCAAUGAAGCGACCAUGUACAGUCAUUAAAAGAUGACCAAUAGAGGUCUUUAAAAUAAAAACUGUUUCAAUUCAGUCAACCCCCGAGAUCAAGUUUGAAAUUGAGAUCAUGAAAAUAUGAAACACAUUUUUGUGUCAAAAUGAAAUAAUUGCAAUUCAUCUCAUGAAUGUAGGAAACAAACACAAAAUAUUUUAUAUUAAAACUAUGAAAUUACUUUUUUUCUUUCGUCACUUUUUGAAGUGAGACGCAACCGAUCGAUCUAAAAUGUGAUAUCUUCUUUUUUUUUUCUUUUUUUUUCCUUUUUUACAAUAUGUCAAUUUAAGAAUAAUUCUAAACGAUAAUUGUCCAGAAACAAACAUCGGAUAAUUCUCUAGCACUUUGGAAUAAAGUCAUUCAAACUUUCAUUUGAUGAAAAUGAAAAUAAAUUUAAAUAUAUUCUGCUGAAGAGUCUUCAAAACGAGCCCACACACUGUUUGUAAGAGGUUUUUGGAUUUGCUUCUAUGAUGACCUGAAAGAUGUGAUGUUUUUUUUUCAGACAGGAAAAAAUGUAAAAAAAAAAAAAAAAACAACAAACAUAAACAUAUAUAUAAAUGUGCAAAUUCGAUGUGCACUACGCUCCGAGAGUGUAGCUGCCACAUACAAAUAUGUGUGAGCGCACAGAUAUUCUCGGGUGUUUAAUGGUAAAACGUGUAUGUGUGUGUGUGAUUGAGUGCGGAUGUGUGUGCUUGUACAAGAAUGUAUGUUGGUCCUUCUUUUUUUCUUUUUUCUUUUUUUAAAUCAAAUAUCUAACCCCUUGCCCAUCACUGUGAAGCUAACGUUAUUCUCCAUCUUUGUGAAUACUUCAACUCAUCAAAUAAAAUGAGCAAAUGUAAAAAGGAACAGUGAUACAGAUUACAAUAACAAUAAAAUA